GUCCCUCUCUAUAUAAGUCCUCUGAGAAGAUCAGCUUCCUACAAGCUGCCUCCUUACUGGAAGCCUUGUAAUUCUGCAAGAAUGAAAACCUUCUUGGCCUGCCUUCUCAUUCUUGCCAUUAGUGUGACAUUAUCUAAUGCAUCUUGCUUCAUGGAACCAUUCAAGUCAGGAAAUUCUGGUGAUGAGAUCGUAGGUUGCACCGACCUCGAGGGGAAGCUGCAUGAAUUUGGCUCUCAUUGGAAGACCAAGGACUGCUGGGACUGCUCUUGUUCCAGGGAAGGAAUAGGCUGCUGUACCAGCUAUGUAACACCAGUUAGUUUUGAUGAAGAGAAAUGUGAGGCUAUUUUCAACAAGCUGACCUGCAGUUACAAAGUAGUGGAGAAAGCUGAUCACGCGAAAGAAUGCGAAGUCAAUGUAUGGGUGGGCUAACAGAAAAGGGUGGUGGAUUUGGAGGAUAUUUCCUUUUCCCCCCCCUCCUCAUUUCAAAGGUUCUCCCUCUCAAAUUCAAAAAUGUUGAAAUAUGCAGCAUUUGAGUGAAAUCUACUCCCCAAACCUAAUGCUGAGAACUGUAUCUACUCACGAAAGAUUCCCUAUUUCUCUGCCUUCUGCUUCUCUGUGAAGAAGGAGCUGACUUGUUCCUUGCUUGAGAUCAGAAACCAGAAGUGACUUUUUUUAAAGCAUCAUCAGCAAUUGCUAAUUUUAAUUAAUCUCCAGUCACGCUUUGGUGGAGGUAGUACGUUCUGUUGUCUGCACACAAUUGUAUCUUAAAGUUAAAAAUAAAAUCAGAUGAAAAGAUGA